AUGCGACUCAAUAAAAUAAUAUAUGAUCAAACCUUGACUACUUCUUUAACAUUAUUCCGAUGGUCGUCCGAUGUUUACGAUGUUAUUUAUUCAUUAAAUGAUACAAUAAUUGAUCGAUUUUGUUUAGAGAUCUUACUUAAAAUUCAUUAUAAAAUCAAAUGGCUUAAUAUUGAAUCAUUAUCUAUGGAACGUAUUCUUCGUAUUGUUGAUUAUCCUAAUUUAUAUGGACUUGGUUUAUACAAUAUCAACGAAGAAACAUUUAAACGUUUAUUUAUUGGUAAGAAUUUUGACUUAGUAUAA